AUGAGCUUAGAACGAAACCUCUACAAUCCUCAACAAAAUAAACAAGUGCAGUUAAAAAUCCCUCCGUUAAAUAUGGGCUGAACUGAGAAAAAGCCAAAACCAGAAUCUUUGUCAUAUGAUCACGAUUCCAUGAAAAAAAUCAGUCAUAGCCAUGCACAGUCUACACUUGAUUUUUCAAGUUUUUCACAAAGUAAAACUAUGAGGUCUAUUAAUAGAGUUAAUAGAGAACAGUUGAAGGAUUUUUUAAGUGUCGAGCGCAAGGCAGGCUUGAUUGCAGCUAAAUCUUGCAGAGAUGUUUCUCAUUUAAAAGAUGAACACCAAUUAAGCAAACACAAUGUAAAACUCCCAGAUUUGGCUGGGAAUAAAUCUGUGACCCAAGUUCUGCCAAUUUCUCCUGAACAUUUGAAAAUGUUUAUUAAUUCUACUGAUAAGCUAGGCUUUCCAGCUACAUCUCCAAGAGGAAUUAUGAAUGGACUUGGCUGUUCAAAAGAAAAAUGUUUACUAUCUUUUUUUUAGCGAGCAAAACAUUGAAAAGCCCCUUUUUUUGAGGGAAAACCCAUCUUUCAUAGACCGUAAAGUAUUUUUGAUGUAUAAUUAUAAAAUUAUAUAAAAAAAUCUCUGAAAUAUUUAAUAGCUCAAUAAAAAUACAUAAAUUUUAUAAUUCAAUUAUAUUUUUUAUUAAAUUUAAAAGUAAAUUAGCAAGAAAAAUUUCGUUCACUAAAGGAAGUAGACUUUAGAAAAAGUAAUGGGAGAUACUGAAAGCACCAGCUCUUUUCAAGACAGUUUAGAUCAAUUUAAAUCAAAAAUAAAAGCAAAAAGCCUUAUCCAGAAAUCUUCACAGUCAAAAUUUCUUGACUCAGUAUUAACUCAAAAAAAAAUUGUCCAAAAAGAAGACCCCUUUAUAUACCUAGGUUCCCCAAGUGGGAGACAAGAAGUCCAGAAUUUAAAUGAAUGAUAUAACUACAUGCAGGAAAAUUAUCUUAACAAAUUUUUGGAUCAGAAAAUAUAUUAACUCUUUAUACUAUUUUUUAUAAAAAUCGAUUUUAAUAAUAUCUUGCUCUAUAAUUUUUUAUUACUUUAGAGUAAGUGAAAUGGGCGAAGAAGAAAAAAAUGAUAAAUUUGAGAUCGCAGACGUUAUAUUAAAAACUGGCCUAAGAGAAAUAGUCAGACAAGUGUCUGUUCACUGUGUAGAAAGAGGAGAAUUACUGUCAGUCAUUGCAGAAAGAUAUCUUGAUUAUUGAAAAAUCUGUUGUUCUUUACUAGAAGACGCUAAUAAAAAAAUAAAAGAAGAUCUCACCAAAGAAAUCGACAAACUUCAUGCAAUUAUCAAAGAAAAAGACCGCAUGUAUAAUCAAAAAAUCCUGGAACUUGGCCGUGAAAAUGCUUUUAUUCAAGCUUCUUCUAAUAUAAAAGACAUUGAAAUUAACCGUUUGCAUGAAAAUAUCAGAAAAUUCAAAGCUGAGCGUGAGUAUCGCAUGAAGAAAGACUUUGAGCACUAUACCAAUGCUAUAAGGAAAUUUCAAGAAGAGCUAAAAGAGUCUGAAUUUAAUAACUCAGACUAUGUAAAAACAGGGAAAUCCAAGGUUUUUAUUAUGCAAAAACUAGAUGAAGCCCAAAAAAUCGUAUCAAAGUUAAGGUUAAGGAAAGAUUUUAAUGACGCUAUGACUAUAGUAGAUAGCGAAGAAGGCGUAGCUUGGAUUGACCAAGAUAUGCUUGAUGAAGAAAUAGAAGAACCUUAUAAAGAUGAAGAAAUCCAAGUAGAAAUUUGUAAAGAAACUGAGGAUAAAGAGACUAUGACUCUGAGAGAUAUGGUAAAUAGGUCAAUGGAAACUGAUGAAAUUGAAUAUCAUGAGUACUAGCAUAUUUUAUUUAUGGGGUUUACUUUUCCUGGAGAAAUUUUGCACAAAAAUAGCUGUUCAACUCGGUUACACCAACCUUAUGGAUAGAAAUUCUCGAAAUGCCACCAUUUUUGGCUCUGUCCCUUUAUUGGGAGUGUGACGUUAGACACCUUAAACGCUAAUCUAAAGAAUAUCAUGAAUACCAUGAGGAAAUGCCAAGAAUUGAAGAUCAAGGAGAAGAAGAGGAAUAUCAAGAAGAAGCACAAGAAAUUAUGAUUCUUGAAAAUGAUGAAAAUAAUAGCUUUUUAAUUGAUGAAGAUGGACCUGAAAUAAUAGAAAUUAAACAAGAUGUGGAGACAGUAAAUACUGAAACUGAAGAAGCUGAGAUAAGUCAGGACUCAUCAGAUUCUUCAAGAUCAAUUAUAAAAGAAAAAAUAAAAAAAACUACAGAUAAAGGAAAGCUCAAUAAUGCUCCGCAGCAAAUAAAUUUUCAAAGAGGCAUGAGAAGGUCUUCAACUGUAUUAGGGACUAUUUCAAAAUCAGCGCUUGAUAAUAUAAAUCACGCAGAAAUUUCAUUUAAUCCUAAAAGUAAAAUCCGAGCGGACUCCACAAAUGGGUAUAUAUAUCCAAGUGAAAAUAAAAAAUGACUGUCAGAAACAGUCAAAUUUUUUUAAAAAAUAAUUUUUUUUUUACUUUUUUAUUUAAAAAAAAUUAAACCCACCAGAAACAAAAAAGAGAAAAAAUCGAGAAUGCCAGACUGAAGGCCUUUUAGAUGAAGAUAUAAAAAAUAAAGAAAUUAUUGAAUUGAUGAUCAGCGAUAGAGAAGAGCUGCUAAAAAAAGUCCAAAAAGAAAUUUUAACAAAUAAAAAUGAAUUAAAUAAGCUGAGACUAGAAGCUGACAGAUAUAGGACUUUUAUUCAUGAAAUAAGUCAACAAAAUCCAGAAGAAGCUAAACAUUUGUAUGAAAAAAUUGAAAGAGACGUAGAAAAACUUAAAGAGAAAGGCUAUAUUCCAGAAGAGCUUGAUUUUUCUUCAUGAAAAGCUGGGUAUUAUUCAGGAUUUGACAACGGGCAUUUUGAAGGGAAAAUACUAGGUGAAGAAAUUGGGUUUGAAAGAGGCAUGACAGAAGGUGGAUCAAAUCCGCAAUUAAAUUCAAGUAUUCUUGAUAUAUCAAACUCAACAACAGAAGAAAAUGGAAUUCCCAAAGAAUUAUUAUUAAAAGCAAAAGAAAGAAAAGGCAAAAGAAGACCGUCAGUUAUGGUUGCUGAAGAGGUAGAAACUAGAAAAAAUAAAAGAGCUAUAUAAAUUUGCAGUGAAUAUUUAAAAAUUAUUAUUUGAUUAAAAAAUCAUUUUUUUAAUAUUUAAAGAAUACUACAAAAAUAAUGGAAUUUACUUUCAAUAAAAGAGAACCUAAAACGCAGGCAGACAAAAAAAUUCACAUGGGGCCAAAACUUCUUGAGCAUUUCUUAUCAAAAUCGCUAGAGAGGAUUAAAAAUUUCGGAAAAAUCAGCAGAAAAAUGCUGACUAAAAACCUAUCUUAUAUAUAUUCUUGUGCAAUAGCAAAACUUAAAACUGGGGAACUCAUGGAUUCCUUAGCUGAGUUUGCAUAUGAUGAAUUAUUUGGUAAAUAUGGCCUUAAAAAGGUAGCUGAUAAAAAAUAUUUAGAAAUUGUAUCAACAGCGUUAAAAUACCCAGAUUCAAUAAAAAUAAGCACUUUUGCAAGGCUGAUGGGUAUUGGAAGCAAAAUUGAUUUAAUUGAUUUUUCAAGGCCAAAAUUGUCAUUUAUUUUCUAUAUAUCAAGUAUUUCAAAUAUUUUUAAAUCAAAAGCUGGGAUUAUUGUAGGCUACGAUGAUAGCUCAGAGUAUCAGAUGAUCCCAAGCAUUAGAGCUACUGAAUGCAUAAAAGAAAAAUUCAAUGAUUUGACCUCACAAAGCCAAAUUCAAAGAAUUAUAGCAGCAGUAGAAAAAUUGUCUCAGCCUGACCCUAAAAAGGUAAAUAAAAGUGGAGUUAUAGACCAAGACGUUCUAUUAGAAAUCAUGCUAUCAGAAUAUGAAAUAUAUCAGUCAGGAAUUGUUAGUGCUUUAAAUGUGAUUUUUGAUGGCUUAUCUGUAGCAAAUAAAGUCGUAUACUAAAUUUAAUUAAAUUUAUUUUCUGGAUAUCUUCUAUUAUUUAUAGUUAUUUUUAUUAUUAAAAGUAUAUAUAUCAACAAAGCAGAUUUAGUAUUAAUUACUAGAUAUAUUUCUCCACACAAAAUAAGCUUAUUGGUAAAUAAAGAUGAAAAUAAUAAAGAAACUUAUAGUCAAGCCCUUGUAAAUCUUUGCCAGAAUGAUGAGGAGGAAGAAGAUGAAGAAGUCCAUAUAGAUAAGGUCAUUAAUUUCUGCAUAGAAAAAACAAUAUGCAGUCCGAAUGAUUUAGAAAAUUAUGUAGGAGGAGAAGUUACGAGAAAUAGACUGUUUAAUUUUUUUGAAGAUAGCAAAAAUGAAAAUAUGAAUAUUUUGAUGAAAAUAUUGAAAAAUAAAGCAGCUUUUGGGAUGUCAAGUUCUUUUGAAAGAUCUUGGAUUGAGAGAAUUCAAUAUUUCUCUGACCAAAUAAACAAAAAACAGCCAAAAGCUUUAUAUUGUGCUUGGAAACUUAUAACAGAUGAGCUUGCAAGGUUGAAUGGUGAGUUGCAAAGUUUAGAAAAAUCGAAAUCAUAAUUAAAUAUGGCGUUUUGACCCGAGUCUGGCCUCCUGCCAGACAACCUCAAACAAAUAUUUAAUUAUGCUCUGUAAGGUUUUGCCUAUCAAAAAGCCGGGCAGCAAUAUAUGCGCUGAUAGCGUUCAGAGCCUACACCCAGAGUUAGAUUUUACCUCGUUGGAAAGUGGAGCUUGAAUAAGAAAAGGUCUUCCAGCAAUGUCUAUAGGUGCCUCUAAGUUAUUCCAACAUUCUUCAGGAUGAUACCAUGAGAUGAGCCCUAGGGCAAAACGUCUUUCAUUUUUGUCAAAAAAAGUACUUGCAAAUUCUGUUUCAAGACUGAGCUGUCGAAAUCUGAACACACGAAGCUGAUAAUCAUCUGAUCAAACCCAUGCUGGGCCUUUUUAUGGUGGGGGUAUCCUGAAGCAGGAGUGGAAGCGCAGAUCGGCAGUGGGCUAUUGGACGUUAACGCUAUUAGCAUUAAGCAAGCAAAAUCGAAAUCUUUGUUGUAG